GAAGGGGAAGUGUUAUGUGUGAGAAACUCAGCAUGCUGAAUCUACAGAACACCUCCAGCUGGACUGGGCCAAACAACUGGUACCAUCAACCAACACAGCACGGUACAGAUAGGAAACAGAGGUUGUAUGGCUGUGUGGUGGAUGACGUGAGCGUGCGGAUGGUGGGAGGAGGAGAAGGAGUGCAAAGAGAGAGGGAUGAGGUAGAGGACGCCCAGCAUCACCUCCAGCUGAAGAGAAAGCUCCAGAGGAAUCGCACCAGUUUCACCCAGGAGCAGAUUGACGCGCUGGAGAAAGAGUUUGAACGGACACAUUACCCAGAUGUCUUUGCCAGAGAGAGAUUGGCAGCUAAAAUCGACCUUCCAGAGGCUCGCAUUCAGGUGUGGUUUUCCAAUCGGCGAGCUAAAUGGAGGAGGGAGGAGAAGUUGCGCAAUCAGAAGAGGUCAGGGGGCGGGACUUCCUGUUCUCAGGCACAUGCCCCCCUCAGCACCUCCUUCAACACAGGUGUCUAUCACUCUCACCAUGGUAACAGCUCAUCCUCGAUGCACAGUCGCAGUGACAACUCUCUCUCAAGCUACGGCUCUCUCUCAGUCUUCUCCAAUAUGCAGUCGUUGCCCCCCCAGUCCACUCCCUCUUACCCCUGCAUGCUCCCUCCCUCCCCCUCUCCUCCCCCUCUGCCCCGGAAGUUUGACUCCCUCUCUUACCCCUCUCCUCACCUACCUCCCUCUCACUCUGCCAGCUCCAACACAGGAUAUCUCUCUCCUGGUGUGUCGGGUAGUGAGCAGGACUUAGGUCAGUACUGGACCAGACUCCAGUGA